AUGGAGGUAGCAAUGACCAAUUACACGCCGUCCAAAUUUGCGGCGGACAAUGCCUUGACGGAUACAGACGUCAUUGAAAAGUACAAGCUUUCGGCCAAUAUCGUCAAUGCUGUAUUGCCUCAGGUUCUUGAUAAGGUUGCGGUUGGAAUUUCGGUUUGCGAUCUUUGUCAGUUUGGUGAUGAUCUUAUUACUGCCUAUGCCGACGGUAUGUACAAAUCAAUGGAACGAGGCAUUGCAUUCCCUACUUGUGUCUCUGUCAACAACUAUGUGCAAUACAUGUCUCCUAUGGCCGAUACCGAUUAUAGCUUGCAGCCUGGCGAUGUGGUUAAAGUUGAAUUGGGUGCUCACAUUAACGGAUACAUCUCUACCGCCGCACAUACUGUUGUUGUCAAUGCUAAUCCUGAGCAACCCAUCCAGAACCGUGCCGCCGAUGUCAUUUGUGCCGCAUACUGUGCUCAAGAGGCUGCACUUCGCUUGUUGAAACCUGGCGUCAAGGCAUCCGAAAUCACACGUGCCAUUACUGAAAUUGGUCUUUACUACCGUUGUCAGCCUGUCGAAGGCACCUAUUCUUCCCCAAUGAAACGCUUCGUCUUGCGUGGCGGCAAGGAUAUCGAAAACCGAUUUGCUAACGAGUUGUUUGUCGAGGAUUUGGAGCGAUUCGAUUUCGAAAUUGAGGCCAACCAAGUUUACCAACUCAACAUUGUCAUGACUACAGGUGACGGUAAGGUCAAGCCUGCCGAGCACAAGCCUUGCGUGUUCCAGCGUGAUGUCAACAAGUCAUACCAGCUCAAGAUGAAGGCUGCAAGAACCGCUUACAAUGAAAUCAACAGCAAAUACACCGUUUUCCCCUUUGCUUCUCGAUCGCUGUCUACCAACCAUGCUCGUCUCGGUCUAACAUCGCUUAUGCAGCACGAACUUAUCACUCCCUACACACCCAUGCGCUCUUCACUAAAGACGGAUCUUGUAGCACAGUUUAAACUUACAGUCUUGGUGACACCCAAGGGAUUGAUCCGCACCACAUUGCCCAUGGCUCUCCCCUAUGUCCAUUCACAAUACUGCAUACCAGAACAAACGCCUGCUUCUCAGAUCCUUGCUAGUGAGGUGCCCUUGGAGAUCAUCAAGCCUGUCAAUGAAAAGUCUUUACCUCAAGUAAACAUUAACUUUGGUGAACAUCGUAUAGCGGUAUGUUAA